AUGUCGGACACGGAGAGGAGUUUUGCCGAACGUCUACGUGCCGACACUUGGCGGGCGGUGAAGGAGACAGACGCCCGAACUCGCAAUAGACAGAAUGAUGUCACUAAACGACUCGGCGAGCGGGUCUAUGACAUCAGCUUCUGGAAAAGUGAGCUCAAUAAUGAGAUCAACGCCAUGGCCACGGAGAUUGAGAACUUGAAGGAGUGCAAGCAAACGUGUGAGAAGGCGCUAGCAGACUCGGCCAACCCGCUGCACAUCUCCGAAGAAUGUUUGCUUAACCGUGAGAAGAGGCAGGGCAUUGACCUGGUCAAUGAUGACGUGGAGAAGUCACUGGUCAAGGUGACCACAUUGUUCAUCUCAUCGCAGACAGACAGGCGGGUGGAGAUGGAUAGAGCAGCGCAGCACGCCCUGGAGAUUGACGCCAAGGACAAACACCACGCCCAGGGAAUCGACGACCGCAUGCAGCAGCUCCGGAACACGUCCGCCGGUAUCGGAUACAUACCUGGAGUGGAGAACAUCGACAACACCAUCACAAUACCCGAGUCGUGGGCCCGCUACACGCAGGAGAACAUCGCCAGAUCACAGAGAGAACGAGCAGCUAGCGAGCGGCUACGGGGAGAGAUAGACAGCACCUUGCGGCAGUGCGCCAACGACAUGUGGAACAACUUCAACGCUGUCAACAACGCCUUCAACACCCGGAUCAGAGAGACAACCGACGCUAGGAACAAGCUCCAGGCACACCUGCAGAAGACGAUGCAGGAAAUCUUCGACAUGGAGCGCAACGUCGCCUUGUUGAGGAAAUCCAUUCAAGACAAGGAACAUCCCAUGCAGGUGGCACAGACCCGGCUGGACGAGCGCACAAGGCGGAUCAAUGUGGAGCUGUGUAACGACGCUGUCAUGAAAUCACUCCAGCGGGAAGUUGCCGAGCUGCGGGAGUCCAUAUGUAUCCUCAAAGAGCGCCUGAGAACCUCAGAGCUGUCCCUGGCCCGUCUGUUGAAGACUAAAGCCACCCUGGAGUACGACAUCUCAGUCAAGGACAACACUCUCAAGAUCGACGCCUCCUUCUGCAUGGGCAUGCGCAAGGGCUUCCCCAUGGACCCCAAAGUCGGGCCCAUUUUUCAGAUGCCUAUUUGCUGA